CACUUUUCUCUCUCCCUCUCCCCAAAAAACCAUUUUCUCCACACACACACACACACACACACACACACACACUCCACACUACAAAACCCAUCUCUCCUCUCUACAAAACAGUGCUUGGUGUCCCCGCUCCUCCUCUUUCACUCUCAAGCUUUAGACUAUACACAAAGAGGGGCAGCUUCUUGUAGCACCACAGUUACCUAUGACAACAACUUGUGUGUAAAGCACGAGCUAGGAGGAGGAAGAGCGUGUUGGUCUCUCUCUCUCUCUCUCUCUCUCUCUCUCUCUCUCUCUCCCCAUAACACUCCAAGCUCUCUUACUGUGAGAGAGGAAUGGCUCCUAGCUAUGAUUGUACUGCAUCUAUCCUCCUGUGUGUAGAGGACAAUGAGAGCGUAAUGGGUUUUGAUGAGGAGGAGGAGAUAAGCUCGAGGGAGGUGGAGGGUCAUGCGCGUAGUGGGUUUCUGGGGCAAAGGAGCGGUUUUUAUGGGGAUUUUCUUAUGGAUUUUCCCCUUCAAACGGGUGAGUGCUUGGCCCUCCUUGUUGAGAGAGAAUGCGAGCAUCUCCCACGGGGGGAUUAUGCGGAGAGGUUGAAGAAUGGGGCUUUGGACCUCUCCAUAAGGAGAGAUGCCAUUGAUUGGAUGUGGAAGGUUCAUGCUUACUAUGGUUUUGGACCUCUAAGUGCUUAUUUAGCCGUAAACUACUUGGAUCGAUUCCUCUCUGCCUAUGAGCUUCCUCAAGGCAAUGCAUGGAUGACCCAACUACUAUCAGUGGCUUGCUUGUCCUUAGCUGCAAAGAUGGAGGAAACUGAAGUUCCUCUCUCCUUGGAUUUGCAGGUUGGUGAGGCAAAAUUUGUGUUUGAAGCUAGAACUAUACAAAGGAUGGAGCUUCUUGUGCUGAGCACCCUCAAAUGGAGGAUGCAAGCUGUGACUCCUUUCUCUUUUAUAGACUACUUCCUCCAUAAGUUGAAUGAUGGCACUGCACCAUCCAAGUUAUCGGUUUCGCGAGCCGUCGAACUUGUUUUGAGCAUAACCAGAGGAGUUGAUUUCCUGGCUUUUAGGCCUUCACAGAUUGCUGCAGCUGUUGCGCUUACUGUGCUAGGAGAAACCCACAUAGUAGAAGUUGAGAGGGCCAUUAAUUUUUGCACCCAUGUUGAAAAGGAGAGGGUGCUGAGAUGCUGUGAACUGAUUCAAGACAUGAUGUUGAGGAGGGACAUGUCACAUAAAACAGCAGGCUCAUCAAUUUCCUCUGUGCCAAGAAGCCCAAUUGGGGUGUUGGAUGCAGCAUGCUUGAGCUACAGGAGUGAGGAUGCUACUGUUGGGUCACAUGCAACAUGCCAUGAGAGCUCUCCAGCUAAUAAGAGGAGGAGGAUUAGCAGAUUACCAUUCUCAUAAAAAUAGGGAGGAGUUUUUGUGUGCUUUUGCUCACCUGUUUAGGAGAGUUUUUGGUGCUUUCAAAGCUGGGGUCACUUUGGUUUGGUUAGUGGGAGUUUUUGGUGCCUUUAGAAAUUACCAAAAUAAGACAAAAAAAAAAAGAAGAAGAGAAAGCAUGACUAAAACCUUUACCCAAUAAAAAGAGUAAAAAGGAAUAAAUACAGGUGGGCAUUCAGCAAAUUAUGGCCCUGACAUGAGUAAGGCAGCCACAAGCUGUAAAAUUGCCAAAAUGCAGACCUAAAAAAUGGAAAAUCGAUGGAAAA